AUGGAGACCUCGGCGCCCAAGCGCCGGAGAACAUCUCCAAGGACCUCUCUUCCCAUCCACCCGGGCGCGCCGCCACAGCAGCAACAACAGAGCCAGAGCCAACAAACACAGGCCGAGUCGACAACCCCGCCCGAUCCUCCGCCCCCGACCCGUUCCAACCGGCCGUCCUUUGCAUCUCCAACGAAGUCAAGCCUUGCGAGGCACAAUCCCGAGAUAUUGCAGAGAAGGCGGCCAACAUCGCGUGGUGGUAGCGGUAGUACCGGAACCGCUCCUCAGCCCGGCGCAUCGCGUCCCACUAGUCGGCACAGCGACGUUGAUGCUAUGGCCGACGCGCAAUUGGGCCAACGAUCCGAAGGAACAGCCGCGGGCCCUAGCUCGAGUGCUGCUUACAAUCCUCGAAGCGCGCCCGCAGACGCAAGCAGACGUUCGCCCACGAGGCGGAUUGGAGGAGCACUGGCAGACCAGCCGAAGCGCACGCCAACUCGACCGAAGCCGAGGCCUCUACCGCCACCGGGACCCGAAGAAGCAGAAGACUUGUUCAACCCUUUCGCUGGCAGAGGAUUGAGAAGGUCAGGAGGACUGGGAGUACUGCCUACCGAAAGUCAACCCGAGCCGGAGCUGCCUCCAACCCCCGAACACCCAGAUCCCGAAAUUACCACGCCGCCCUCCGGUAUCCAUAACACGCCCUCUAAACGCCCGCGCCGAAGCAUGGCUCUCAACGUCCCUAGGAGCUCCCCAUUGAAGCAACCACCGUCCAAAUUGCGCAAUGUCGCGCGUCGAGCCAGUCCACAGUCGGAGCCACAGCCACUACGGCGACGAUCCGCGAGACUGAACGGCCCUCAGCCACCCGAACCACAUCCAGGUCGCGGUGUACCUCCCGUCGAACCUGAUCCGAAGAAGCGGAAAAUACGCGACGCGCUCCUCGCAGAGGUGGCAGGACUGGAGGCGGAUCUCGCAUUGGCCUCCGCAGAGAACGAGCGUAUCGCGAAUCUACGGCAAGUACGCGCCGAGAUAUCCGCCCCAACUAACAGGGACGAGAUAUUGGGGGUCCUGCGCCGCCAUGUCCUAUCGAAGAAAGAACAAAAGGUGCAGCCCCCGGCGUCGACAGACUGGCUUCGAGCGGCCCUCAACCCGAUUGCCUUCCUGCCCUUCAGCAAGCCAAGCACAUCGCUCCCCACACUCUUCCCAACCGAACAGGACAACAAGGAUGACGAAAAGGACCCGAUAUCACACCACCCUAUCCCCAUGACCGCCGAGGAAGAACUACCCUACCUCCAAGCUUUUACCCCUCUAUCCUUCAAGUCGACCCUCGCCAUGCUCCCCUCGCCGGCCGACGACCCCGACGCCCCGCCCCUGCAGCGACACAGCAUCUUCGUCUCGUCCUCCUCGCCGCCGGGCGUCUUCGCCGCGCGCGUCGACAUGACGGUCAACACCAAGACGCACGCCAUCACCGACCUCGCCGUGCCCAAGCUCGACCCGGCCGCCAUGGCCGAGCUCAACCCGCUCGUCGAGCGCGUCCUCAGCAGCAGGAGGGACUUCGCCCCGCAGAGCGGCCUCGCGCGCAACGUCAGCGUGCUCACCUGGGCGAUGGGGGAGUGGCUGCGCGUCGCGCUGCGCCGCGCGCGCUUCUGGGUCCUGCUCGGCAGGGAGCUCGGCACCAAGGAGGCGUUCGCCGAGACGGUGGCCAGGAUACGCAACCGGCCCAAGAGGAAGCGCCGGAGGAAGGCGGCCGACCACGACGACGAUGAUGACGCCGACGCCGCCGGCGAAGGCGAACAACGACAACUGGACGCGUCGGCUGAAGUGUCUACCGAGGAUAUUCUGCCGCACCUGGGCCGCAUGUCCAUGGACAUCGACCUCCCCAACGAGGAGGCUUGCGCGAUGCGAGUGCAAUGGCGUGUGGAGUUUGACUGGAGCGGGGACGCGCAGAGUAAGGUUGGGGUUCUGCUCGGAGUUCCGGGCAAGUGGCACAAAGCCGAUGAUCGAGGAAGGCUCGGUAGGAUACCCAAGAUCUUCAACGAUCUGGUCCAGGAUGAGGGGGACCAGAUAGACGCGGUUCGUACGGUGGCUGCGUUGCUGGCGGGCGAUGCGCCUGCGUGA